UCUCCACCAAAAUCCAAGUCGUGGAAGAUAUUUCCACACACAAGCCUGUGAGAAACUCAACCAAAUCCACAUUUGGUGUUUGUUGAGUUGAAUUAAGGUAGGAGAAAGAAACUGAAACAAUGGUGCACUCUCACCACCAUCUUCUUCUCUUCUCUACUGUUCCUUUCUCUCUCACAACUCAUCAUAACCAUAACCAUAACCAUAACCACCCUUUGUCACCGUCUCUUAACUUCCUCCACCGACCCUCCGCCCUAAGAAGUAGUGUUUCGGCCAUUCCUUCCGCUGCGUGGCUUUCAGAUCUGACAGCACAAGACUUUGGCCCCAUUGAACUCCCUUUUUCUGCUCCUUCUUCUCUCCCCUUCGCAGAUGACCCUUCCACCGUUCAGGUUGCUUCCACCGUCCUUCUCACCGGAGCCUUAACUGUCUUCUUCUUUCGCACCGUCCAGCGCCGGAUAAAACGUGCCAAAGAAUUGAGACUUAGGUCUUCCGGAGCACAGAAAUCAUUGGAUAAGUUGAAAAGUAUGAGAUCAACUUCCAUCAAAGUUAAGAAUCCAGCUUCACCGGAUCAAGCAUUGCUAGGGGCAGUUAUAGCAGGUGGCAUUGCUCUUCUUCUCUACCGAUUCACCACUUCAAUUGAAGCUUCUCUCAGUCGCCAAAUACUUUCAGAUCAUUUUUCGGUUCGCCAGAUAACAAUCACCCUAAGGACAAUAAUAAAUGGGCUGUGCUACCUAGCAACGUUUGUGUACGGCAUAAACUCUGUGGGUCUGUUUCUAUAUUCUGGGCAGCUUGCCAUCGACAACAUUGGAAAUGAAAUUGAAAGAAAAAUGAUUGAACAGCAACAUUUAUCAACCGCACCAGUUGAGAAUAACACUACUAAAUUAAGCUCCACAAAGGAAGAUCAAAGUUCAAAUAAUUCCCUCUAAAACAACUCUUCUGCUGCACAAAUCAUCAACACUCAUGAAAUCGCCACUAUUGAUGCAAUCUUCUUUUUCGUCAUAGGAGAAAUACAUAUAUUUAUAUCGAUGUAUAAUGUAUAUAUGAUUCAUAAGUAGUAAUAGUCACUGUAUUUACCAAAAACUGUGUAUAAUUUAUGAGUUAUUGAAGGACAAAAGUACUAAGCUAGUUGAUCAUGUUUGUAAUGUAUAUUUAUAGGGUUGAGCUGGAGAAUGAAGUGAACAUGCUAAGGUUCAGUAUUUUUUGUUUAGGUCACACUAAAAUAUUAAUCAUUCGUUUGAUUUUAUAGUUAAAUAAUGUUUUAAAA